GUCAUUCGCCGCAAAGAGCGGUCCAGCAGUAAGCAUGGCGUCCAUCACUACCAGCAGCGAUUUUCGUCGUAAGUUCGCGGGAAUGUGCGGGGGCCGGUCGGGGCCACGGGCCCUGCUUUGAGAAUGGGCCGGCCUCAGCGAUGGAGGGCCUCGACCUCAGCCACUUGACAGAGGGGGAGCGGGUCAAGAUUCUGAAUGUUAUGGCCCGCCAAAAGCUGGAAGAAGACCGCGAUCAGGAGAUCUUCAAGAAAAGCGAGGAAGAGGUAAAACUGCUAGAAGCUGCCAUCCGUCUUCGCAGCCGGGAGAAGCGUGAUGAACUGGAGUCCACUUGCCAUAUUUGUGCCAAGACCAAGUUUGCAGACGGCGUUGGACAUAUAUGCUCAACAUGCGGGAUCCGCUGCUGCGCCAGAUGUGGAGUGAAAGUUGUUCAACGUUCCAACAAGAUAUUCUGGUUAUGCAUCUUAUGCAGGAAAAAAAAAGAGAUCAAAUUCAGAUUCGGUCAGUGGGUUCAGAACGAGCAGCACAAAUGGGGACGAGCUCGAAGUCUUGAAGAAGAAUCGGAAAUGCGAGGUGGAAACGACUUCCCCGAUCCUGGUAUGGGCAGGAAGUUCCUUUCCCAGGUCAAUAUCACAGCGCCAUCCCCCUCUUCCUCGAUUUGGCAAGAAGACAGAAUGCUCCACACAGACUCGCCCAGACAAGAAGGUCGUUCUUCCAUAAGUCGCAGAGAAGAAUUCAGGCCGGCCCCUUCAGAACAACAGCUCAGAUCUGCGGUCCGAAGUGGAGACGAGUGGAGUUGGUCUCCUAGCAACCACCGACGCCGCUCUUUAGUUGAAACAGUCAUCAGGAACGACUCUUUGAGUUCAGAGCAAUCGGAAAAUCCUCCGUCUGUCCCAGGACCGCUUCCAAGAAGACGCAACGGAGGAUCAAGUUACCACAGGCGGUCGGGAAGUAGCGAGUCUGAAGACGAGGCGAGAUCCACACCUUCUUCCUGCGCGGAUUCGGAGAGUGAUAGAGGGCACGGCCAGCGGCGGCACCGUUGUCACCGCAACGGCCUACCCACGGAGCCGCGUCGGCCCCACGCAGAUCCCCGCAGACACCCUCGCUGGGACUCUGGGGACGGGAACACCAAGGAUUCCGGCAUCGACACCAGCAGCAGCGCCACCUUGAACGAAGAUACGCAUCGUCAACAGCAGAAGCAUUCUGUCAACUGGAAAUUGUCCAAGGAUGGAAGCCAUUGGUUAGGUCACUUGGUGCUGCACAAAGAUCUCCUCCCUGAUGGCCGUACACGUCAAAAUCUCGGAAUGAAAGUUGUUGGGGGCCAAGAGUUGGAUAGAACACGAACAUUUGGUGCAAUUGUCCAGAACAUAAGGGAAGGCAGUUUGGCAGACAGAGUUGGACAUAUUCGACCUGGUGAUGAAGUUCUUGAGUGGAAUGGAACUCCACUUCGAGGAAAAAGCAAAGAAACAGUAGCUAGCAUCAUCGCUCUGUCCAAGAAUGACUCUCAAGUGCAACUGGUCCUUACCAGGCGUUUUGGAGAUCCUCCGCCUCCCCUCGAUCCCAGCGAAUUGAGGAGAUUACCCCCACCACAUCUGGAAGUCCAUCCCGAAGCCUUACAGCGAGAUCCACGUUAUCUCAGGUACUCGGAUAGACGUACGAGCCAUGUCCCAGCCAGAUCUCCUGACAGGUCAUCGAUUGGUGGGCGAAUACAGGUCGGAUUAUGGUACGAUCAGCAAAACUAUCAGCUAAUUGUGACAGUAGUAUGUGCAAAAGAUUUGCCGCCCAGACCUGAUAUGUCGCGGAGGAAUCCGUACAUAAAAAUCGUCCUUCUACCAGACAAAAGUGAGAAAAAUAAGCGUCGUUCAAAGACGAUAGCAGAGACGAAUGAUCCGCAGUUUAAUCAAAGGUUUUUCUUCCAUCACUUGAGGCAAACGGAGCUGAGGAGAAGUGCUCUUCAGAUCAGUGCUUGGGACUAUGACAGGAGGAAUGCAUUCAGUGAUUUUUUAGGAGAGGUCGUUAUCAGCUUAGGAGCCGUAUCACUGAAUGACAUACCUCAGUGGUACACCUUAUCAAUGCAUCGAGAUGAAGCUAAAGCUUGUCCAGAAAUAACGCCUAUCUCGCCGACUGGUAGCAGAUUGUCCGACGAAGAGUUGUCCGAUUACGAUGAAAAGUUUUCUGCGCACACAGAGCGCCGUAUAAUGGCAGUAGAUUGCAGCUCCCCCUUCUUCGAAGAAGAUGGACGAAAACAGACUGGCCUUCCAAUGGGUAUUACACCCACAUAUCCUCAGACGUCCCCAAUGGGUGAGCGGUCACGCUCCUUGGCGACUGCCUCACCUAUGGUCGAAUACCCCCGAGGUCGUUUGAGAGAGACUGGUCUCGAGAACAGACGUCGGUCGCGAUCCAUGGCCGACCCUACUUCUAGAAGAACGCCGGAUUACUCUUCUAGGUCACUCUCGCCUCCGGAACUGAGGCCGCAGUUUCAGCCAAUGCCCCGCCCCUCCAAUGCUCACCGUCUCCUACCCCCACCCAACAGUUUCCGGAAGAGGCAGCUACCACAGGUCCCCACUCUUCGUUCGGAUUUGGAAGAACGAUUCUAUAAAGCUAGAAAUCCGGCAGCUGCAACUUCCUCAGGUGCGUACUCAGAAUACGACCGUUUCGUGCAGCGUCGAGGCGGCGGAUCCCGAAUGGCCGCGGCGCUGGGCGUCGGUACCUCCAGUCCCCUAGUCAGUCCCGAGAGGAGCGACUCAGAAUGCAGUUCCAAGUUCAGCCUCAGCAGUGCCUUCCAUAGAAGCAGUCGCACGCUCGGGGAGUUUACGGGUCGUUCACCGGCUUAUGGGGGACCGGUUCAUCCGUCGUCGAGAGAGAUAGACGGUAGCCUCUCAGAUACAGCAGUGGGUUUGGCCACGGAAUCGAAAGCAAUGAUCCGUCGUUCCACUCCGACAGAGAAUAGUUAUGCCAAGAGAAGCCCUCAUCUUUCGAAGAAGAGCAGCAGCACCUCGCAACUCAGCGUAACAGGGCACAAGAAGCGGCUCAUCUUCCGGCGAAGGAAUGGCUCCUCAUCCUCAUUCGUGGUGCAGCGCAGUGAAGAAAUUCUACCUGACGUCCGGGCGGGUAGCAGUAUUUCGUCCGAUGGCAGCAUAAGUGGAGACAGUCUUACAUGGGGACCUCGCCUACCCCCGGAGGUCGGAGAAGCUUCGAGUUUCGUGGAAGGCCUAGGACCGGGGCAGUUGGUGGGAAGGCAAGCACUGGCCUCUCCCUCCCUGGGUGACGUCCAGCUAGGUAUCUGUGAACGCAAGAACCGCCUUGAAGUGGAAGUCAUACGGGCAAGAGGGUUGCAGGCAAAGCUGGGCUCCAAGAGCAGUCUUCCAGCUCCAUAUGUAAAAGUAUAUUUAAUGGAUGGCCGAAAAUGCAUCGCGAAACAAAAGACUGCAACCGCAAGAAAGACUUUGGAUCCCCUGUAUCAGCAACAGCUCGUUUUCCCGUAUGACUGUCAAAACUGCUACUUGCAGGUGACGGUUUGGGGAAAUUAUGGUGGUAUGGAAAAGAAGGUUUUUAUGGGAGUGGCACAGAUUGUUCUGGACGACAUAGACUUGGCAAAAGGUGUAAUUGCCUGGUAUAAGUUGUUCCACCAUUCCUCACUGGUCAGCAGCCUGGCUGCAAAUGAACGCCGCUCUUUCCUCUCUCUAGACAAUUUGAGUUGAAAGGAACUGCCCUCAGAUGUCUCUCCGUGCACAUUCUGCAGUGAAAGAAGAACAAAGAGUAAGAGAAACCCCCGCCCUUGUUGCCUUUUCCGGACGGUGCUGCCGUCGAGAAUUCUUCGUAUUUUUCGCUUUCGAAAAGAAGAACUCUCCUUCUUCUCGUUUUCUGCACUCGGUCGAGGGACUACUCUACGAUCGCAACUUCGAUCUCUUUCCUCUCCGAACUGUCAUGUUUUUUCGACUUUCGUAUUUUUCAAUAAAAACAAAUCAUCCAAAAA